AUGAUAGAGGAGAUGUUCCACAGUGGCUGCACCGUACCCGUGCAUCUGGUCCCCAGUGUCACCUGCAUGAGUGUUCACGUCAAGCAUUGUGCUGAGAACAGGAAACUUGUCGUCAAUGGGAAACCCAUCAUCUCCAUCUUCCAGGACCGAGAUCCUGACAACAUCAAAUGGAGUGAUGCUGGUGCUGAUCCAUGCCAUUCUGCUACCCAGAAGACCAUGGGUGGCCUCUCUGGGAAGCUGUGGUGUGAUGGCCGAAGGGCUGCCCAGAACAUUAUCUUCUACUGGUGCCGCCAGGCUGUGGGCAAGGUCAGCCCCAAGCUGAAUGAGCUCACUGGCGUAGCCUUCCAUGUCCUCACCCCCAAUGUCAUGGAUCUGACUUGCCACCUGGAGAAAGAUGCCAUAUACGAUGACAUCAAGAAGGUGGUGAAGCAGGUAUCAGAGGGCCCCCUCAAGGGCAUCCUGGGCUACACUGAGGACCAGGUUGUCUCCUGUGACUUUAACAGAGACAUUCACUCUUCCACCUUUGAUGCUGGGGCUGGCGUCGCUCUCAGUGACCACUUUGACCACUUUGUCAACCUCAUUUCCUGGUAUGACAAUGAAUUUGGCUACAGCACCUGGGUGGUGGACCUUACAGUAUAUAUGACCUCCAAGGAGUAACAGCCCCCGGCUGCCAGCCUCAGCAAGAGCAAGAUGAA